AUGGCACCAAUGACUGUCGAAGAGCUGCUUCAACAUCCAGAAUACCCUCAUACCAUCUGGGACCUAAAACCAGAAAAGAAAGGCAAGGCCGUUGUAGCCAAGGACAGAGGCGGACCCCUCAACAUCGCUUACGAGAUCCACGGCCAUGGCGACAGACACCUUGUGUGGGUCAUGGGCCUUGGUGGCAUGAAAUAUGCAUGGCAGCGUCAAACAAGAGAUUUUGGUCAUACCAAAGGCGACCAAUACUCGUCGUUGGUAACUGACAACCGAGGUAUUGGCGACUCCGACAAGCCUACAUCGAGGUACUCGACAUCUGCCAUGGCCCAAGACAUCGUUGAAGUUCUCGACCAUAUCGGAUGGACCGGUAAGCGUGAACUACACGUCAUUGGCAUAAGCAUGGGUGGCAUGAUUGCCCAGGAAAUAGCCAUGUUGAUACCGCAGCGAAUAUGCACACUCUCGCUCGUGUCAACGGCCGCGCAACUCUUCCGAACAACUGGCUUCAUCGAAAACCUUUGGAACCGCGCCAAUCUCUUCGUUCCCAAAUCUCUCGACGCCCAAAUCGAAGGCGUGAAGAAGAACCUGUACACACAACAAUGGCUUGACGCCCCUGAUAGCCUCGAACCCGUUGUUCAAGCCUUCCCCACAAACGGCGACCGUUUCGCUGCCAACGAACUCUGGAAACGCCAACAUCCAGAGUACUUUGGCAAAGCCGGUUUUAUGCUGCAAGCUAUCGCCGCGGGCUGGCAUCACAAAAGCCCAGAGCAACUACAGCAGAUUGCGAAGACGGUGGGGAAGAAUAGGAUUAUGGUUGUACAUGGUACCAAGGAUCGUAUGCUGACUUUCCCGUUGGGUGUUGUGCUCUGGAGAGGAUUGGAGAGGGGGGAGGGCCCAACAGGCAAAGAGAACUGGUUGGGUGUUGAAGAGGAGGAGGAUAUUUGGCAGGAUGGUGAGGUUGAGAAGCACUUUGUUAGGGGGCAAGGGCAUGUGCUGCCGGCGGAGAUGAGGGAAGAGUUCAAUGGCUGGAUUGAGGGACUGGUUGAGAGGGGGAUUAAGCUUAACCAACAGGAGAACUUGUAG